AUGGAAAACUUCAUUCAUCAAACUGCUGCUAAUGGCUUUCAAUUGGGUGCUGAAGUAUACGAGCGAGGUCGACCAGCUUAUCCUGAUCUUGUUAUAAAUCUGAUCUGUGCUACAAACCCGGAUUUGUGUCAGAAAACAAUAGUUGAUUUAGCAGCUGGUACAGGAAAAUUUACGCGCAUGUUGGUUUCAGCCGGUGCUAAACUUGUUACGGCUAUUGAGCCAGUUGAAAGUAUGCGUAGAAAACUGUAUUCAAUUCCAAAUAUAGCAGUGCUAAACGGUACAGCUGAAAAUAUUCCAUUAGUGGACAACAGCGUUGAUAUUGUUACUGUUGCUCAAGCUUUUCAUUGGUUUAACGGAGUAGCAGCUCUAGAAGAAAUUUAUCGUGUACUUAAACCAGACGGUAAAUUAUAUCUUCUUUGGAAUUUGCGUGAUGAUGAUACAUGUCCUUGGUUACAGGAUAUGACGAAGAUUAUUGACAAAUGGCAGCCAAAAGAUCAUCCACAUUUCAAAACAAUGAAAUGGUUAAAAGUAUUCGAGGAUAAUUCGUUAUUUUCAUCGUUCUCAUACGAACGAUUUUCUCAUGAUCAAUGCGUAACACUUGAUAUUUUGUUUAACCGUAUUCUUUCUAGUAGUUUUAUAUCAAUUUUAGAUGAUAAGAAAAAGCAAAUUCUUUUACAAGAAGUAAAAGCAUUUCUUGAACAAAAUGCACAGACAAAAGAAAAAACAAAAUUUUUUGUACCCUAUAUGACUCAUGUUUAUUGGUGUCAACGAUUGUAG